AUGAAAAAGUAUCAGAUAAUAUUAUAUUUCAUUGUUUUUAUCUCCAGUCAUUUUUUAACUGUCAACACAAUACGAAAAAAAGGUCUAAAGGGAACAAAUGAAAAUAAUGAACAUGUACAGAAAGAGAAGAACUUAGGGAACUUUGAAAUUAUGAAGGAUAAAAAUAAUGUAUCAAAUAUAGAAUUAAAAUCAUCUACAUUUUUUAAUAUAUUAGCAUCAACAAGGUUAAUGCAAAGUGUAGGACAACCCAUAUCUCAUAGCCCAGUAUAUAGAUACAUACAUAACAUUCAUGAUCAUAAUGAAAAUAAUGGAGCCGUCUUGGUAUUUGUUCUUUUCGUUAUUUUAAUUUUUUCUGUAUUAUUCUUUAUUUUCUAUUUUAUUUUCAGACAUCAUGUAAAACAUGUAGAAUUUAUGAAUACUCGAAGGUAA